GAUAUGAUUUAUAUGUAAAAGGAAAGAGGAGAGGAGGGUGGAAGCGGAGGCCGAAGAAGCCGCGGGGCCAUUGGAAGAGAAUGGCGGUGACGGACUUCUUCGCGGGCGAAAUAGCCACGGAACUUAUGAAACUGCUCGUAGACAUUUCUCGCAAGUCACUUUUGUGCAAAUCAAGUGCGGACCAGCUCCACAACUACAUCAACCAACUCCUCCCCAUCAUUGAAGAAAUCAAAUACUCCGGCGUCGAGCUCUCCGCCGUCCGCCAAUCCCAGCUCGAUCGCAUCUCCGAGAUGCUCCGUUCUGGCGUCGAGCUCUCCCACAAGGUUCUCUCCUCCAGCCGCUGGAACGUCUACAAGAACUUGCAGCUCGCCAAGAAGAUGGAGAAGCUCGAGAAGAACGUCUCCAGGUUCCUUAAAGGUCCCAUGCAGGCUCAUAUCUUGGCCGAUGUCCACCACACCCGCUUCGAGAUGGCCGAGCGCUUUGAUAGGUUGGAGGCCUCCAACCGCCGCCUCGAGCAGUACUUCGGAGCCAUCAAGAUUGGAGUUGGGGGUGGAGGGUGGGUGGAGCAGGCCGUCAGAAGUAUGGAAGAGGAUGAGAGAGUGGACGGUAAUUCUGGGAGCUUUAGAAUUGGUUUGGAUUUGGGGAAGAAGAAAGUUAAGGAAUUGGUUGUUGGGAGACAGGAUUUGCCCGUUGUUGGGAUUCGAGGCAUCGGAGGAUCGGGCAAGACCACUCUUGCUAGAGAGAUCUACAGAGAUGAUCAUGUUCGAUGUUAUUUCCAGAGAAUCUUGUUCCUGACAGUGUCACAGUCUCCAAACGUGGAGCUGCUGAGAGCCAAAAUAUGGGGAUUUAUUAUGGGCAAUGAACAUUUGAAUCCUAAUCAUGUGACUCCACAGCGGAAGCCGCAAUUUGAAUGCAGAACUGAAACGCGAAUCCUGAUAGUUCUGGAUGAUGUGUGGUCGCUCUCUGUUCUAGAACAGCUUGUCUGGAGAAUACCUGGUUGUAAAUUCCUGGUGGUCUCAAGAUUCAACUUUCCCACAUUUUUUUCUGCAAGCUACGAAGUUGAGCUGUUGAGCGAAGAGGAUGCCCUAUCUCUGUUCUGUCACCAUGCCUUUGGACAGAAGUCAAUCCCUUUAGCUGCAAAUGGGAAUUUGGUCAAGCAGGUAGUGACCGAGUGUGGAAGACUUCCAUUAGCCCUUAAAGUCAUUGGAGCUUCCUUGCGGGAUCAGUCUGAGAUGUUUUGGGCAGGUGUCAAAAACAGGCUAUCCCAAGGCCAGAGCAUAGGCGAAUCAUAUGAAAUCAAUCUAAUUGAAAGAAUGGCAAUCAGCAUCAAUUACCUACCCGUGAAAAUCAAGGAUUGCUUCCUGGAUCUGUGUUCUUUUCCAGAAGACAAGAAGAUUCCUCUCGAAGUACUCGUCAAUAUGUGGGUUGAAAUUCAUGAUAUUGAUGAAACCGAAGCUUUUGCUAUAGUCGUUGAGCUCUCAAACAAGAAUCUUCUCACCUUGGUGCAAGAGGCACGUUCCGGAGGUAUGUAUAGCAGUUGUUUUGAAAUCUAUGUCACUCAACACGAUGUAUUGAGAGACGUAGCUCUUAAUUUGAGCAGUCGCGAGAGCAUUAAUGAGCGCAGGCGGUUAGUCAUGCCAAAAAGGGUGAACGGAGUCCCUAAAGAAUGGUCCAGAUAUAAAGAUCGACCAUUUGAGGCUCAGAUUGUUUCCAUUCACACUGGUGAAAUGAAAGAAGCGGAUUGGUUUAGAAUGGAAUUUCCCAAGGCCGAAGUGCUGAUCAUCAACUUCUCCUCCAGUGAAUUCUUCUUGCCGCCCUUCAUCGAUAGAAUGCCAAAUUUGAGGGCAUUGAUAUUGAUAAAUUACAGUGCAUCAUAUGCUUCCAUUCACAAUUUUCGUGUUUUUGAGAAUCUGGCUCCUUUGAGGAGCCUCUGGCUUGAAAAAGUUUCAAUCCCUCAGUUUUCAGAUUUUCCCCUAGUAAGCUUGCGCAAAUUAUUUGUAGUCCUCUGCAAGAUAAAUGACAACGUGGAUGGGGGAAUGACAGAUUUGUCUAAGGUCUUCCCGAACCUCUCAGAGCUCACACUUGAUCACUGUGAUAACUUAACUGAGCUUCCCCCAAGUAUUUGCAAGAUGGAAUCACUUCAGAAUCUAAGCCUCACCAACUGCCACAAUCUAGUCAAACUUCCUGAUGAACUGGGAAAGCUGCGAUCUCUAGAGAUCCUGCGAUUAUAUGCUUGUCCAGCUCUGGAAACGCUUCCUCCGAGUAUCGGCCAGCUGAUAAGACUCAAGUACAUAGACAUAUCUCAAUGUGUUAAUCUCGGACGGAUUCCAGUGGAGAUAGGAAAACUAGUAAAUUUGGAGAAGAUGGACAUGAGGGAGUGCUCUUCGAUUAGGGUUUUACCAAAGUCUGCAACGUCAUUGAAGUCACUGCGCCUUGUGAUUUGUGAUGACGAGGUGUCAGGGAUGUGGAGAGAUGUGGAGAAGGCUAGGCCAGACGUUUGCAUUCAAGUAUCAGAACAGUCUUAUGACCUGGAUUGGCUUAAUGAAAAAUGAAGCUGUGAAGGAACUGUGUAGCCUUGUUCCUUGUAAAUGUUUGUAAUCUGUCCAUAGCCUACUUUUGAUAUUGCAAUUAACUUCGCCAAGAAAUUUACCAGCUUGGCCUAGCAGUAGCGAAGUCUGUUUUUAUCAAAAGUCUGAAAUACCAUGACCUGCACCUAUCGUUCACUCUUUUACUAAAAAGCUGACUAUUGAUAGUUGUUUUUUA